UUUCCUACCUUCUCAUGCCAGCUUUUCUACAGCUCCUCUCAAAUGGGCAACUUACACUUGAGCAUUUACAAAAAAGGGUAGCAUCUGGAGACUACCUUUGACAGCCCCACCUGACUUUCCACGGCUCUCAUCAGCUAGUACCCUCUGCAAAGUAACAUGGCUGACCCAUGGCAGGAGGCAUUCGAACACGCUAUUGCUGUGGCAAGGAAAGCUGGAGAGGAAGUCAGGGAUGCUCUGCAGAAUGAAGUGAAGAUCAUGACCAAGAGCUCCUCUGUAGACCUCGUGACUAAGACGGACGAGCGGGUGGAGAAAAUCAUCAUCAGCUCAGUGAAAGAAAAAUUCCCCACACACAGUUUAAUUGGAGAGGAGUCAGUAGCAGCUGGGGAGCCAUGUGUCUUCACCGACAACCCGACAUGGAUCAUCGACCCGGUGGAUGGCACCACAAACUUUGUACAUGGGUUCCCAUUUGUGGCAGUGUCUAUUGGCUUUGCCGUCAAAAAGGAGCUGGAGUUCGGCAUUGUUUACAGCUGCUUAGAAGACAAGAUGUACACAGGAAGGAAGGGGAAGGGAGCUUUCUGUAAUGGAGAGAAACUUGAGGUGUCUGAUGUGAAAGAUAUCAACAAAUCCAUGAUCAUCUCUGAGCAUGGAUGUGACAGAAACAAGGAAAAAGUCACCAAGAUCUUCUCCACCAUGCAGAAGAUCCUAUGCAUCCCUGUGCACGGGCUCCGUGGGUCAGGAACAGCGGCCACCAACAUGUGUCUGGUGGCAUCGGGCGCAGUGGAGGCCUUCUUUGAGAUCGGGAUCCACUGCUGGGACAUUGCUGCCGGCGCAGUCAUCGUCAAAGAAGCUGGAGGAGUAUUACUGGAUGUCAACGGGGGACCGUUUGAUCUGAUGUCUCGAAGGAUGGUCUCAGCAAACAACAGGCAAAUUGCUGAUCGGAUCAUCAAGGAAAUCGAAAUUUUUGAAGUGGAGAGGGAUGAUGCUCCGAAACCCAAGAAAUGAGAGGAUGCUUGUUUACACUGAGUCUGUUCACUGUCACCGUUUUUUUUUUUUUUUUUUACUGUUCAAGACGAGUCUGUAUAUCUCUAUAUUUUGCAUUCAGUGCAUCCCAACAGUAGCUGACAUCAACACUGCUUCAGCUACAGAUUCCACUUUGUACUGCCAAAAUGUUGCCAUUGUCUUCAGAGCACAAUGUUGGCUGUGAACUUUUUUUUUUUUUUUUUUCCCUGCAAAAUCCAUCCCUAUGACAUGAAUGAAUCAUAAUUUUGGAACACAAGAAAAGAGCAAUCUAAUGCUGUGUGUAACUCGAAUAAAGUUACUGUGCAGUAAUCACCA